AUGGUCCUGAAAGAUUCGACUGAUGAGUCCAGGUAAGAAGCAUUUAAGAAUGAUCGACAGAAUGGAGUUGAAUCACAGGGACGCAGAUACUUGAUGAAUCCUUGUGGAAAUCUUCAGAAUAUAUUUUCAGCACUGUCAAGCUGACUCCUAGAAAUUUGAACCCUUUCCCCAAUCCUGUAAGGGAGGAAAUAGGACGGUCAAGAUAAUAUGUGGAGAUUAACUGGCAACCUCUGUCCACACCCCAGUUAAAGCAGAAUUUAGAAAUGUAUGCCAGCUGAACUAUAUAUUACUACAUACUACUGCGUUUUUCCAUGUAUAAGACUAGGUUUUUCCCCUAAAAAAUAAUGUCAAAAAUUAGGGGGCAUUUUAUGCACGAUAGUGUCUCCAUUUUCUUAAAUCUGAGUCCCCAAAAAUAGGGGGCGUCUUAGAGACAGAAAAAUACGGUGUAUAUAAACUGUGUGUUUACUUAAAACACAAGAAGAUGGUACAAGUUGGUGCCCUUUGUAAGUUGCAUGGGAGCCUUAUUUGUGGAAAUAAGUUCAGGGUAUGCAUAUGGAGGUCAAGCUCAUGCCCCAGUCUGAACCCACGCAGCUUAUGCACAUUCAGUUUAAAUUGUGAGCAGACUGUUCUGCAGACACAAAUGUAACAUGCCUAGAUUGUGGAUGCACAAUCCUUACAAACAGCAGAAUCGUGCAAACUGGCCUACACAGGUACUGUUUGUUUGUAGGUAUAUCAUGUGCGUUCACAAGACCUACUGGUCAUGAAUAAGUUGGGGUGGGUCCAGCAGGCAUAACUAUUACUACCCUGAAGAUAUGUGUUCUCUUGUCACGUGACGUCUGCUGUGCAGGGCUUGUGGUAGCCAGUGUUUUAAAAAACAUGAUGGGUGUUACUCAGAGUGGACCUCUUGGAAUUAAAGGACCUAACUUAGUCUUGUGCAUUAAUUUCCGUAGGUUCUACUCUGUGUAAAAUUUAAUUUUUUGAUAAGGUGUGAUGUGCUAUGAAGAUACCCUUACUAUGGUUAAAAGCAGGCAUAGGCAAACUCGGCCCUCCAGAUGUUUUGGAACUGCAAUUCCCAUCAUCCCUGACCACUGGCCCUGUUAGCUAGGGAUGAUGGGAGUUGUAGUCCUAAAACAUCUGGAGGGCCGAGUUUGCCUAUGCCUGGUUAAAAGGAUGUAUAAUUCUGUCCAUUCUUGAUUUCGGAUACAGGUGGCAGUCUUAUGAAACAGAAAGUGCCCAUAGCUUUACAUCUAAUGUCAAAAGACAUUCUGAAGGCACCUUUACCAGCGAUUUUACUCAAUAUUUGGACAAAAUGAAGGCCAAGGAUUUUGUACACUGGCUCAUCAAUGCCAAACAGUACAGGUAUGUGGUAGACUGCAGAUCAGUUUUCCAAUCAGAGUAA